AACUCCAUCUCUUUCUCUCUCUCCUCCUCCUCCUGAGGUCAUCGGCUGUGAGAUCUCUCGCAGAGAGUGGUGGAGAUGAUGGGCGUCAGCAGUCCUCGUGCUAUUGGCAACGGCAAGGUCGAUAGCAAGGUCAAGUACCACAGCGUGGAUGUCGCCGAGGAGGGAGAGGAUGACGAAGCGUUCGCCGGGAGGAGGAGGAAUAGUCCGGAGAGCCAUGGCAAGACUUACGUCCGCACCUGCGCCUUCUUCGCCUCCCUUAAUUCCGUUCUUCUUGGCUAUGGUGGCAUCCUCAUUUCCAUUCAUUACCAUUAUCAUUGUUAUAUGGUUUUAUUGCUGUCCGAAACAGAUCGCAUCUUUUUCUCUCCAUCCACAUCGUUGUUCGUUGCCACAUUUCCAGCCAAGACGAAGUCAAGAUGUGGGCGUCAUGAGCGGAGCUAUCCUCUUCAUCCAAAAAGAUCUUCACAUCACGGAGGUCGAAGAAGAAGUUCUAGUGGGAUGUCUGAGCAUCAUCUCGCUGCUGGGUAGCCUAGCAGGCGGAAGAACGUCGGAUGCCGUGGGCAGAAAGUGGACCAUGGCUCUCGCCGCAAUCAUCUUCCAGAUUGGCGCCGCUAUAAUGGCGCUCGCUCCUUCUUUCCCAGUGCUGAUGAUGGGAAGACUCCUCGCUGGCGUCGGGAUAGGCUUCGGCGUCAUGAUCGCGCCCGUCUACAUCGCAGAGAUAUCUCCCGCCGCUGCCAGGGGAUCCCUCACCUCCUUCCCGGAGAUCUUCAUAAAUCUUGGGAUUCUUCUCGGCUACAUCUCUAACUACGCCUUCUCCGGCUUCUCGGAACACGUCAACUGGAGGAUCAUGCUCGGCGUCGGCAUACUUCCGUCUGUCUUCAUCGGGUUCGCGCUGUUCGUGAUCCCAGAAUCCCCGAGAUGGUUGAUGAUGCAGAAGAGGGCGGAGGAGGCGAGAUCAGUGCUCUCGAAGAUAAUCGAGGACGAGGGGGAGGUGGAGCGGCGACUGGCGGAGAUAGAGAAGGCGGCUGGGGCUGCCACCGCCAUCAAGUGGGAGGAGAAAGCUGUGUGGAAGGAGCUCCUGAGCCCUUCGCCUUCAUUGCGCCGCAUGCUGACCGUUGGCUGCGGCAUCCAGUGCUUCCAACAGAUCACCGGCAUCGACGCCACCGUCUACUACAGCCCGACCAUAUUCCGCGACGCCGGGAUCAAGUCCGACAGCGAGCUGCUUGCUGCAACCAUCGCGGUCGGGGUCACCAAGACCUGCUUCAUCCUGGUUGCCAUUUUCUUGAUCGACAGAGUGGGAAGGAAGCCGCUGCUGUACGCCAGCACCAUGGGGAUGACGCUGUGCUUGUUCCUGUUAGGCGUCGCUCUCUCCUUGAAUCACCAUGGGACGGGGCUGAUCUCACCGGCAGCAGGGAUCGGGCUGGCCAUCGUUGCGGUCUGCGGGAAUGUGGCCUUCUUCUCGGUGGGGAUCGGUCCCAUCUGCUGGGUGCUGAGUACCGAGAUCUUCCCACUGAGACUGCGAGCUCAGGCCUCGGCCCUGGGUGCAGUGGGGAACAGGGUGAGCAGCGGCUUGGUCGCCAUGUCCUUCCUGUCCGUGUCCCGUGCCAUCACGGUCGCAGGAACCUUCUUCAUCUUCUCCGCCAUAUCUGCUCUCUCCGUGGCAUUCGUCUACUACUGCGUUCCGGAGACCAAAGGGAAGUCCUUGGAGCAGAUUGAGGAGCUGUUUCAAGCAAGCAGAGAGGGUCAGAAGGAGGAGGUGGAGCUUCAAGAUGAGCAUCUGUUGCAGGAAUAGUUCGUGUUGCCCAUUACCAAUAUGUGCACUGCUUUGGUCAAAUUGGAAUCCAAGGUUUGACUGGGAGUAAAAUGCAUGGGGAUAAAUUAGAAUGAGCAUCGGCUGACACUGUUUGAAGCUCUAACUUGACAUCUGUUCAACAUAGUUAGUAAUCUGCAGGAACAAGUAGGCAAACAUUUGGAUG